AAAUGUUGCUGCAGACCGGAACAAGUCAUUCCGUUCUAGAAAGCUAGACAGAAAUCUAAGUACAAUGGCAAGAACCAAACAAACCGCUCGUAAGUCCACCGGAGGUAAAGCCCCGAGGAAGCAGCUCGCCACCAAAGCCGCCCGUAAGAGCGCUCCGGCCACCGGCGGCGUCAAGAAGCCUCACCGCUACAGGCCCGGCACCGUGGCUCUGCGAGAGAUCCGUCGCUACCAGAAGUCCACCGAGCUGCUGAUCCGCAAGCUGCCCUUCCAGCGUCUGGUGCGAGAGAUCGCUCAGGACUUCAAGACGGACCUGCGCUUCCAGAGCUCCGCCGUCAUGGCCCUGCAGGAGGCCAGCGAGGCUUAUCUGGUCGGUCUGUUCGAGGACACCAACCUGUGCGCCAUCCACGCCAAGAGAGUCACCAUCAUGCCCAAAGACAUCCAGCUGGCCCGCCGCAUCCGUGGAGAGCGCGCCUAAACACACGACUGACUCACACAGUCAACACCAAAGGCUCUUUUCAGAGCCACCUCCAUCUGUCUAACAGAGUGAAACUUCCUUGUUUCUGUUGUUGUGCUCUUUUUAACACACACUUAAAAAAAAAAAAUCUACUUCUAACACAUGACUCGAAUUUGCCAGAAUAAAAUUCACAGUAUUAAGUUUAUAUCUAA